AUGCCGUACUACCACAGCCACCGCAGACACGAGCACUACCGUCCCACGCGCACGCGCGACCGCGAGCGCCAGUCCAGCCCGCCACCAGGCAUGAGCUCCGAACAGGCAAGUCUUCACCCCGCCCCCAGCAUUUCCGCAUCACCCGCUAACGCAAAAGACACAUCCCACCAGGCCAUCUCCACCCUCACCGAGCUCUGGGGCGCCGACUCCGCCGCCUGGCGCCCCGCCGACUGCCACUUCGGCCCCAUCCCGCGCACAUGGCCGCCGCGCAUGCUGACCGCAAUCGCCGGCCUGGCGCGCGCCGCGGGCGCGGGCGAGAAGCAGAGGGAUGCCGCCCUCGGACUCGUCGAGAAGAUGGUCAAGGACGAGCAGCGCAAGGAGGGAAGGCUGAGCAGCAAGGCGACGCCGGAGCAUUUGAAUAAAGCAGCAGAGCUGAUGGAGAAGAGGGACGUAGCAGAGAGGAGUAGGAAGACGAGGGGUGACGGAGAGGAUGAGAGUGGUCAGCGCACCACCGCUGUGAAGGACAAUGAUAGGAAGAGGAAGAGGGUAGAUGAGGAGACGGAAUACGGUGACGACGACCUGAAACUGCACCGUGUCGAGGGCGAGAUGCAGCAUCGCGGCGGCGAAGUGGUCCGGCUUUGUGGCGCUGCGCCUGCGGGACAGGCAGACGAUGUCCGCCACCGCGGCGUCGAUCGCGGCUAUGAUCGAGCGACGAAGAGCAGCGAGAUGAGGAAAGUCGAAUCCACGAGGCCGUAUGAGCCUCGCAACACGAAGCCUGGUCCGGGUUCUCGUGAGCCAUCGGCGAAGCACGAACAGCGUGUCGCACCCAAGCCGAAGCCGAUCGUCACCUCCAACACUGCUAACACACUUACUGGAAAGACUACCAAGGACCAUCAGCUAGAGAAAGCCACAACUCGUCAUUUUGGAGACACCGAUGCCUCGUCCGCUCCCGCUGACCCCACAUCGCCAGCUAAGAAACGGAAGUUGGACACAACAAGGGCAAUCACGGAGAGUGAGAAGGAAAAUGAGGAAGACUACGGAGGCCGUCCGGUCAAGCGGGCCAAGGCAUCGGCCACGGCAUCGGUCACGGCUGCCACGAAGCCGCGUGAGCCUCGUAGCUCGAAGCCGUCCUCGAGCCCUCGCGAGCAGCCGCGCAAGAAGGAGCAACCCACCGCAUCCAAGCCGCAGCCGAAGCAUGAAGAACAUGCCGUCUCCAAGCCGCCCCAGACUGUCAACGCCGAGACCGCAGCCACUGUCGUCGAGGAGUCUUCCCAGCUCCACCCCCAGCGCGCGAAGCGUCUGCUCGAGGACGACAACUCCGAGGACGAAGGGGCACGCAAGAAGAUCAAGCUAACCAGUGCGAACAGUAUCCCUCUUCCCAAGAAAGCCAUCAAAUCUCGCCAGAGCCGCUCGCCGCAAUCAUCUUCGACUGUCUCGGAUCCGGCGGAAGCGAUGCAGUCCGAUAAAACCAAGUUCGAUGGCGACAGCAACGUCAGCACGAAACCCGAUGUUCCCGUCCCUGCCACCACCAGCGUCACAGACACAGACACUCCCGUUUCCAAUGCCAACGAGACGGAACCCACCAUUCCCUCUCCUGUGGCCAGACCUAUCGAGACGACCAGCAAGGUCGAUGGUGUAGAGAACCAGAAUGAAGAACAGCCCGCCACAAACCUCGACGACGAGCUCGCCUCCCUCCGGGCGCAGGUCAAGGCGCAGGCAGAGCAGCUGGCAGAAGAACGUGCCGCCAAGGCACACAUGUCCACGCAGAUGGAAACGAUCAAGCUCGAUCUCGACCUCUCGGAGAGCGCGCGCGCCGCGAGCGAGAAGGAUGCGGCCAGUUGGAGAGCCUACGGCAAGGGCUUGCGGGCCGUCAUGAAGGACCACAAGAGGCUGGCGAAGGUGGAGAUGUAUGUGCAGAAGGUUGAGAGGGAGGCCGCUCAGUGUAGGGUGGGCAUGAAGGUUGCGCAGAAGAUGUACGAGGAGGCGGAGACGCGGUAUCAGGCGUGUGAUGUGGAUGUGGAGAAGGUGAAGGUUGUGAAGGGUGAUGAAGAGUUGAGGAUGAUCAAUGCCGUGUUGAGGCGGGAGAAUGAGGAGCUGAGGAUGAAGUUUGAGAAGUAUGGUGUAUAA